GUACCGGCCGCCGUCUAUUCCCGGGCCCCGCCGUGCGCAUCCGUUACCGGCCGCCCGUCCCCCCCCGCAGGGCCCGGCAUCACGGCGGCCGUGUCACCCCCCGAGCGGAGGAGGCCCCGCGGGCACCGGCACCGGGACGGCGCCAUGAAGGAGGGCCGCGAGCGCCUCGUCGCCCUGGGGGAAUGGCUGGGGACGAAGGCGAGGAGCGAGGAGGGGGAGUCGGAGCCCGGCACCGUGCAGGAGCAAGGCUGCAGCCACGGCGGCGUCCCUGAGCCGAGCCCCAGUGUGGGUGACGGGGGCUUCAUCCCCCUGCCAGCGUUCGCCGAGAGCCCUGGCGCGCAGCCGGGGCGGCCGCUGCACGAGUGCGCCGAGUGCGGCUUCGGCACCGAGCAGAAGCCAGACCUGGUGCGGCACCCGCUGGCACGCACCGCUGGCUGCUCCUACGUCUGCGGUGCCUGCGGCCGGGGCUUCGCCCGGCGCGGUGGCCCCGCGGCACGGCUGGCUGGAGGCCCCCCCGGUGCCAGCGGGUGCCCCGGGGCGGAGGUGGGGGCACCCCGCAAAGAGCGCAAGGAGCUGUCGCUGACGGAGAAGGUGCGCGUGCUGGAGAUGCUGGACGGCCCCAAGGUGUCCCAGAGCGAGCUGGCCAAGCGCUUCGGGGUGUCGCAGCCCCAGAUCUGCCGCAUCAUCAAGAACAAGGAGCGGAUCCUGAGCGAGUGGCACCAGAACAGCAACCCCGAGCGCAAGCGCAAGCGGGAGGGCAAGGACGUGGCCGUGGAGGCCGCGCUGCUGCGCUGGGUGGAGAGCGCCCGCGCGGCUGAGCUCCCCGUCAGCGGCCCGCUGCUGCAGGUCAAGGCCAAAAACCUGGCCGAGGCGCUGGGCAAGCCCGGCUUCGAGCCCAGCGGCAACUGGCUGGCCCGCUUCAAGCUGCGCCACAACAUCGCCCUCGAGAAGCCGCCGCGGGAGAGGGGGGACGCGGAGCAGCCUGCGGCCGAGCGCUGGGCCAGCGCGGUGCUGCCCGACCUGCUGCGCAGCUACGCGCCCUCCGAGGUGUACAGCUGCGGGGAGACGGGGGUCCUCCUGCAGACCACCGCCCCGCUGGCCGAGGAUGAGCCGGCUGGCCCCAGCGGGCGGCUGACGCUGCUGCUCUGCGCCAACGCCGACGGCUCGGAGAAGGCGGCGCUGCGGGUGGUGGGGCAGAGCCCCCGGCCCCGCUGCCUGCGCGGCGUUAACCUGCAGCACAUGCCCUGGAGCUACCGCGCCAGCAGCCUGGCCCGCCUGACCGCCCCCCUCUUCGCCGAGUGGCUGCAGGACUUCAACGAGGAGAUGCGGCGCAAGGGGAAGAGCGUCCUGCUGCUCCUCGACAAGCGCGAGGCGCACCCCUACCUCGAGCUCUCCAACGUCAGGAUGGUCUUUGUGCCGCCCGCCGCCGCGCUGGCACAGCCCCUGGACCGCGGCAUCGCCAGGGACCUGAAGGGCCACUACCGGCGCCGGCUGCUGACGCGGCUCCCGGCGGCGCGCGGUUCGGAGCCGCCGAGCCUCUUGGAUGCUCUGCACAUGCUGGUGCAAGCCUGGGGCGACGUGCGCCCGGGGCUCAUCGCCAGCUGCUUCCGUGCCGCCGGCUUCAGCCCCGACGCCAGCCCCGACACGCUGCUGGCACCCGUCCGGUUCGGCCAGGAGCAGAUCGAGCGCUUCGUGCUGAUGGACGAGGGGCUGGAGCGCCUCGGGGAGCCGGCAGAUGCCGAAAUGGCCGAGGUGGCGGACUGGGACGGGGGGACGGCGGAGGGCGAGGAUGCGGGGGCACUGGUGGCGGUGCAGCCCUGCCCCUCGGAACCCGAGGUGUGGGACAGCCUGGCCACGCUGCGGCGGUACCUGGAGUGCCGGGCCACCUCCCCGGACCUCUUCCAGGCCUUCUAUGCGCUGGAGGACGCUGUGCACACCUUGUCCACCAGCGCUGGGCGAGCCCUGCACCGGGACGCCUGUGCCAAGCAGUGAGCCGGGUGCGUGCUCAGCCGCGGCUCCGCGAGCUGGGGCAGCAGCAGCAGCACCCGCUGCCACCGCCGAGCUGCCCAGGCAGGAACGUUGCUGUUGAUGGAGUGGAACAAGGAUGCUGCUGCUGUGUUGGCGGUGUCCCCAUGCCCUGGGGUCUUUCCUGAGCUGGUGCAGCCGAUCCCGGGGAGCAGGCGGCCGGGGGCUGCUCCCCCCGCGUGGAGCCCGGAGGUCUGCAACGGGUGCAUUAAACCGGAGCGUCAGCAAUCCGCAGAG